CACUAAAUACUCCAAACCAUCCACCAAAUACACUGCUCAUGAUAACGUUACCGAACAUUAUACCAUCAUCGUUGGAUUUUCAACGCUCAAUCAUACUAUACUGGUAUACCUCAUUACAUAUUUGGCUACACAUCAUACUGAUAUUGCUUGUAUGGCAACUGGCAUGACGUACUACCAAAUAUCUAUACCUGCGAAACUACCCUUUAAUGUCAUUCCAGGAGGGUUUCCCGUUGGAACACCAAAUUAUUUUAAACUGGAUCUAUGGGAGUUACAGUAUUAUUUG